GCAACCCCCCCCCGUCCCCGGUGCCCGCCCUCAGCGCCCCCGCGGCCCGCUGCCUGUCGCCGCCCCCAAGAUGGCGGCGCUGCUCGGGCGGCGCGGUGGCGGCUCUGCGGCCGUGGCGCUGUGGAGGGCCCAGCGCCGGCAGCGCAGCACCUUCGACGUGGCGGUGGUCGGUGCGGGGAUCGUGGGGCUGGCCGCCGCCCGGCAGCUCGUCCUGAGGCACCCCGCGCUCGGCUUCGCCGUGCUGGAGAAGGAGCGGCAGCUAGCUUGUCACCAGAGCGGACAUAACAGCGGUGUAAUUCACAGCGGCAUUUACUACACUCCUGGAUCGCUGAAAGCCAAGCUGUGUGUACAGGGUGCAGCUCUCUGCUAUGAGUAUUGUGACCAGAAGGGAAUACCAUAUAAACAGUGUGGGAAGCUAAUUGUAGCUGUUGAACAAGAUGAAAUUCCAAGACUCAAAGCUCUGUAUGAAAGAGGGCUGCAGAACAACGUCCGAGGUCUGAAAUUGAUUGGAGCAAAAGAAAUACAGGCAAAAGAACCCUUCUGCAGGGGUCUGAUGGCCCUCGAUUCUCCAUAUACUGGCAUUGUGGAUUACAAACAAGUGGCUCAGUCCUAUGCUGAAGACUUCCAGGAAGCAGGUGGGACAGUCUUGACUGAUUUUGAAGUUACAGACAUGGAGAUGGCUAAAGAAAGUUCUUCAGGAAGUGAAGAUGGACUGAAGUACCCAGUCAUUAUUAGGAACUCUAAGGGUGAGGAAAUCUACUGUCGGCACGUAGUGACCUGUGCAGGACUUUACUCAGAUCGCCUGUCUGAAAUCAGCGGUUGCAGCCCUGAGCCUCGUAUUGUACCCUUCCGUGGAGAUUAUUUGGUGCUAAAACCAGAGAAGUGCUAUAUGGUUAAAGGAAACAUCUAUCCGGUUCCCAAUCCUCGCUUCCCUUUCCUGGGAUUUCAUUUCACACCAAGAAUGGAUGGCAGCGUUUGGCUCGGUCCUAAUGCAGUGCUGGCCUUUAAGAGAGAGGGCUACAAGCUGUUUGACUUCAGUGCUACAGACUUUUUAGAUGCUGUACUGUACAGUGGGUUAUGGAAACUCGUACUGAGAAACUUGUCUUAUGGGCUGAGUGAAAUGUACAGAGCGUGUUUCCUUAGCGCACAGGUGAAGGAACUUCAGAAGUUCAUCCCAGAGGUCACCGUCAAUGACGUACUCAGGGGUCCGUCUGGAGUGAGAGCUCAAGCGCUGGACAGCGAUGGAAAUUUGGUAGAUGACUUUGUAUUUGAUGGUGGCACUGGAGAUAUUGGAAGCAGAAUUCUUCAUGUCAGAAAUGCCCCUUCUCCUGCUGCCACCUCCUCCCUUGCCAUUGCUGAAAUGAUUGCCGAUGAAGUGAAGCGAAGAUUUGAAUUGUGAACGAUUGCCAGGUGCAGUGCUGUUUUACCCCUCUUGUAUGUGUAGCAGCUUGUCUGAACUCUGCAGCCUUUAAUGACGAAGAUAAAAACAGGCGGCGUGUUGCUGGUAUAAGCUGUGCAGUGCAAAAAAAACCAGCACUUGAAAUAUUUGCCAGCCCACAGCUUGUCAGCUUCCCAAGUAAAGGAUGUUCGGUGCCAGACAAGACGUGGUAUGGUAGUGCCAUCUGCAAGAACCAAGCAGACAGGCCACUCACAGCAAGGGCUUGUCUGCAGGCUCAGUGGGAGCAGCCUGUGGAGGGGCUGGUGCCCGGUGCAGGGUGAGGUUCUCCCACCUGGCGAGCAGUAGGUGGGGAAGGAAGAGUCUCUGUGGUUGGGUUGCCCAUCUCUGACGAACCAUAGGCGUCAGGGUGGUUCUGUGCGCUGUCUCUCUGUCUCUUUAAAUUGGUUUGGAGUCAUCAGUCCCCUAACUUAUGUUAAAAUAAUGGAGAUAGAAAGAUAAACCCUGCCUAAGGGUUCUUUUGCAGAUACAGAAUUGAAGGCUUUAUCGGAGACUGAAACCCAUAUUCAGAGCUAUGGACUUAAAUGUAGAGUAUUUCAGAGAGAAAUAAGCCUGGCAAGUGAUUACCUAACCCAAGUCAAUUUCGACUGUGAAUCUGAAUUGCAUCUUUAUCUUAUCUGUCUCUAUUUUAGUAUAGAGCUGAAAUUCAAACGUGUACAGAAACAGUCAUUUUCCAUUUAACUUAAAUCUGGGAAGUCAUCAUGAAUCGGGAACUACUUUGGUAGUUCGGGUUGUUGCUUUUUUUUCUUUCUCCUCAUUUCUUUUUACCCUUUGAAUACCGGGAGGACAGAAGAAGCUUAUCUUUGUACAGCAUGUUGAGCAAUCCAGUGGAAAUGGUCUUUGUAAAAGCAAAUGUGCAGGGAGGGAAGCUCCAGAAACCUGUCUUAACUGAGUCACGUUGCAUACUGCUUCCCUUGGAGCCCAAGCAGCGGUGAGUCAGGAAGGCUUCCCAUUUCCCCCCUGGCUGGCAGGAGGGGAGCUCACUCUUGCCGACGUUUGAAGCUUUAUUGAAGGUGCACCCAGAAGAGAAUCCACGUGGAGAACGUGCUUUAAAACAUAACGAGAUGUUAAACACGUUCUGAGUUAACUCAGCAUCUCCGUGCGCUCUGCAUAAUUGCUGCAAAAAGAAAUACGUGGCCUCAGGGGGCAAAGCACUUCAGAAUAUGCUUAAAGCAGAUGUUCACAGGAUGUUGGGUAACGCAGAUAAUUGUGGUAGUUUGCUACCAGGCAAUUUGCCACGUGCUUUUUCUUUCUUUCUUUUUUUUUUUAAAGUAGCUUUCUCUAGUUCUCUGCCAUGCACGAAGGAGUGUGUUAGCACAGGUAUGCAGAUAAUCAGCCCUUGAAAGAAAAGCUGCAUUCCUGCCCACAGUGACACUGGAUGAAGAUUCAGAUGUUCCAAACGCCGUCGUGCUGCACAGUUGUAUCUUCACAACGGAACAACCCUAUUAUCUUCGCUCCCCUCCAGAAGUGUUGCCUAUCAACAGUAAAUACUACAAAAAGAUUGCAAAAGCAACUUCCUCCCACACGAGGUGUGGCCCUAACGUGUAUUAACAGAAAAAGAGCAUUAAAAUGUAACGCAGUCAUAUACCACAGUGAGUCUUAGUGCAUUGAACCGUGUGCCCUGCUGUGCUUUGUACUCUCAGGAGAUGGUUGUUUGGGGGCAGCGUUUCAAUGAAGCCUCCAAAUUAUGCUGCAAAAUAUUUGUAUUUUUAGAGCUUGCUCUAAACUUUUUGUAAAGGAGUAAUUCUGUGAGCGAUGAUAAUGAGACUUAAUGCAUCACUUGUGUGUUGCCCACGAAGUGUGAAAAUGUAUGAAUAUAUAUUUUUUAAGGGGUCCAGUUCACUUGGAUGUUUCAAUCAGCCUGCCUUUCUCUAUUGUGAUUAAAAGAGUGUAUUUUUCCAAAAAAA